AUGCUGGAUAUAACUGGAAUGUUUGCUGAAAGCUUGGAAGCCUUGACAUCGACGACGGGACAUACCUUCACGAAUGAUUACGAUUCCUCCUCAUCAAAUUACGAACACUCAUCAACACCGAUUUAUGAUU